ACCUCUGGGGGUUGUAGUUUUCUAGUUCCUUGUCCAUGUGGAUGUGUCACAUGUUACUGGCAGCAGGUAGCUUUAUCUAUCUCUUUUAUUGCAAUGUCAUUCAGUUUCAACUUCGAUGUGCAGAAAGAAGCAAAAAGCCAGUCUGACGAGAACAGUGACGUUACUCAAAAUGAAGGCCAGAAUGGGAAGCAUAAAUGCGCAGCUAAACCUGAGAAAGCUGUCAGCAGCAGUCCAGCAGAACCAGUUAAAGAGGCUGUGGAACACCUCCUCCCCGUGGAGCCUCACUCCCUCCUUGAGGACGCCGUUUCUGAGACCAUUACGAUUGGAGCGCUCCCUCCUCUCCACUUCCUGAAUGAGUCAGUGUUCGAGAGGACAGCCGGAGAGAGGGAGGAUGGGGAGAGCAUCCUGUCCCGCACCGCCGCUCAGAGAUCGGACCUCAUCUCGGGGGUGUACGAGGGUGGGCUGAAGGUGUGGGAGUGCACCUAUGACCUGCUGGAGCUGGUGGACAGGGAGGGAGAGACAUUCGCGGGGAAGAGGGUCCUGGACCUGGGCUGUGGGGCGGGGCUGCUGGGUAUAGUGGCUCUGAAGAGGGGAGCCAGGCUGGUCCACUUCCAGGACUAUAACAGCACAGUCAUAGAACAGCUCACAUUGCCUAACGUGCUGAUAAACUGCCACGAGGGGGAAGGAGAUGUGGAGGAGAGUGAGGAAGAGGACGACGACAAGAAGGGAAGUGAAAAACGAACGAGAGAGGAAAGCGACAGAGAGGUAGAGGAGGAGAAGAGGGCAGGAAGGGAAAAGAAAGGAGAGGGAGAAGUGGAGAAGAACACAGAGAACAGCCCACCACCACCUAAGAAGAGAGCCCUGGAACCUUCCCCGGAUUCCAAGCUAUCCCGGUGUCGUCUUUUCUCUGGAGACUGGAGGACUUAUCUGCCACUAGUCCUGAGGGAAGAUCCGUCCCCUAAAUAUGACAUCAUAUUCACCUCUGAAACAAUUUACAACACAGCCUACUACCCGGCUCUCCACGACACUCUCCAGGGGCUCUUGGCACAGGAGGGGCUGGUCUACCUGGCCACCAAGACCCACUACUUCGGGGUGGGGGGCGGGCUGCACCUGUUUGAGACGUUUGUCGAGCAGAGGGGGGUGUUUCGUGUGGAACGUCUGUGGGAUAUGGAUGAGGGCUUGCAGAGACAUGUUGUGGCCCUUAGAUUUAACACCAUAUCACCUUGAAUAAAGGUGUGGCCUUUCAAAGCCCUCUUUUUCAAUGCAGCUUAUUAAAGGACACGUGGCAUUUGCAUGCAUGAGGAUGAACUUUUUGGCGCAGUGUGCGCCCAGGUAGACAUUGAUUUGUUUAAAACAACCUUUCAUGAUUGAGUAUUGUAAGGGAUAUUCCCUAGCUUUCAACAUCAGAUAUGUCGCUGAAGUUGCAUCUGUGACUUGGAUGAGGGGCUAGUACUGGGAAAAAUAAAAGAUGUUGACUGAA